AAAGCGAGCGGUUAGGGGGGCGGUUACCACCCCUACCGGACUCGCCCGGCACAUUGCCGGGCCCGAGCGUGGAGCCGGGGAGGAAGGAGCCGCGACCUCGCUGCGCGAAGCUACUCCAGUCUAUAUCGUCUUUUUGCCCACUACUUUGAGGCCUGACUGCAAAACUAGGGCUGCCAUCCUCCCUCGUCAGUGUCAUGCACAUAUAGGAUGCUCCAGGAUGAAACGCCACAGAACCCUCAGCAGCAGUGACAGUUCAGAUGAGUGUCCUUCCACUUCCUUCACUCCCAGCUCAAUGUAUAGGAGCAAGUCAAAAAUUCCAAAACAACACAAGAAGCCUGCUGAGGUAUUCCGGAAGGACCUCAUCAGUGCCAUGAAACUUCCUGAUUCUCACCACAUUAGUCCUGACAGCUAUUACCUCUUUGCGGAUACAUGGAAGGAAGAAUGGGAAAAGGGAGUCCAGGUACCAGCCAGUCCAGAAAAUGUUCCACAGCCUUCUGUCAGGAUUGUAGCUGAGAAAGUAAAGGAUGUGCUGUUUAUGCGGCCCCGGAAGUACAUCCACUGCUCCAGCUCAGAAACCACAGAACCUGGCUACAUCAACAUCACAGAGUUGGCGGCAUCUGUGUGUCGCUAUGACCUAGACGACAUGGACAUCUUCUGGCUCCAGGAACUCAAUGAAGACCUCGCAGAGAUGGGUUGUGGGCCAGUUGAUGAGAAUACUAUGGAAAAGACAAUAGAAGCCCUGGAACGCCAUUGCCAUGAAAACAUGAACCACGCCAUUGAGACAGAGGAAGGGCUGGGCAUAGAGUACGAUGAAGAUGUGAUCUGUGAUGUGUGCCGGUCCCCAGACAGUGAAGAAGGGAAUGACAUGGUGUUCUGUGACAAGUGUAACGUCUGCGUGCACCAGGCCUGCUACGGCAUCCUCAAGGUCCCAGAAGGCAGCUGGCUGUGUCGUUCCUGCGUCCUUGGCAUUCAUCCACAGUGUCUGUUAUGUCCAAAGAAAGGUGGGGCCAUGAAGACUACCAGGACAGGGACUAAAUGGGCUCAUGUCAGCUGUGCCCUCUGGAUCCCGGAGGUGAGCAUUGCUUGUCCUGAGAGGAUGGAACCAAUCACAAAGGUGUCCCACAUUCCACCCAGUCGCUGGGCCUUAGUGUGCAGCCUGUGCAAGGUGAAAACAGGGGCUUGCAUCCAGUGCUCUGUGAAAAGCUGCAUCACUGCCUUCCACGUCACCUGUGCUUUUGAGCACAGCCUGGAAAUGAAGACCACCCUAGAUGAGGGGGACGAAGUGAAGUUCAAGUCAUACUGCCUCAAGCACAGCCAAACUAGGCAGAAGCUCAGGGAGGCCGAGUACCCCAUGCACAGGGCUACAGAGCAGAGCCAGGCCAAAAGUGAAAAAAUCAGCCUGCGGGCACAGAAGCUUCGGGAGCUAGAGGAGGAGUUCUAUACCCUGGUCCGCGUGGAAGAUGUGGCCACAGAACUGGGGCUGCCCACGCUCACUGUGGACUUUAUCUACAACUACUGGAAACUAAAGCGGAAAAGUAACUUCAAUAAGCCAUUAUUUCCUCCAAGGCAGGACGAAGAAAACGGCCUGGUGCAGCCGAAAGAGGAGAGUAUUCACACUCGCAUGAGAAUGUUCAUGCAUCUGAGGCAAGACCUAGAGAGGGUGCGAAAUCUGUGCUACAUGAUAAGCAGGCGGGAGAAGCUGAAACUGUCCCAAAACAAAGUACAGGAACAGAUCUUCGGUUUGCAAGUCCAGCUUCUUAACCAGGAAAUGGCCGCAGGACUUCCUUUGACAAGUACACUAGAAAACUCAUUGUUCUACCCACCGCCAAGAAUUACCUUAAAGUUAAAAAUGCCUAGAUCGGCCCCGGAAGACUGCAGAAACAGCUCCACGGAGCCUGAUCACGAAGCCCUCUCUGCUGCCAGCAGCCCCCCUGUUCCCAGUCUAAGGGGCAUGCAGGUGCCUCAGGGGUCACUAGAAAUGAGAACAAAAUCAUACCCGAGACAUCCUCUAGAAAGCAAGAGUAACCGUCUGCUGGCCAGUCUCAGCCACUCUAGGAGUGAAGCACGGGAUCCCAGUCCUGCUUGGAGAACUCCAUCUCCGGAGUUCUAUCACGGCCAGUCACUGGGAAAGCCUCUGGCACUUCAGGCUGCCCUGCACGGACAGGCUUCCAUCGGGAAUGGGAAAAGUCAGUCUACCUCCAAGCUUGCCAGAUCCAACGGCCUGGAGGGCGGCUGGUCUGGAGAUGCCACCCAAAAGGACAGCUCAAGCGAGGUGUUCUGUGGCCAGGAGUCCAUGCUCAGCUCCCACUUGGCCGGUCAGGGCACCUUUCGAAAGUCUACCAUGGAACACUUCAGCAGGUCCUUUAAGGAGGCCACCAACAGGUGGGCGAGGACCACAGAGGACCUGCAGUGUUGCGUGAAGCCAGCCAAGAGCAUCACCCCCAAGGAGCAGCUGUGGGGCAAGCAGCUUGUCAGGCGGGCUGCAGGCAGAGCUCCGUAUCAGGAAAACGAUGGCUAUUGCCCUGAUUUGGAGCUGAGUGAUUCAGAAGCAGAGAGCGAUGGGACCAGAGAGAAAGUCAGGGUACGGAGAGUGAGCUCAGACAGGGAAAACCCCCCCCCCGACUCUCGGCGGGAUUGCCACGGUAAAAGCAAGUCGCAUCCCCUUUCCCACAGCUCAACGCAGAGGUGAUCGGAGCCCUGCAAGAAUAGCUCAGGCUUUGCCUUUGCCCCGUCCACCGGGGCAAGCCCCACACCCAAAGGAUUCUAGUGUACUUUAGGAGGAAGUGUAGUGACCGAGUAACCCAGCUCCACGUUGAGCUGGCUUGCGGUUUUUGAGAUUGUUUCAAGCCUACUUUUCAUAAGCACAUUCUAGGAAUUACAUAUUGUCCAGAAGUUUUUCUGCCAGAGGCUGUUGAGAACAGCUGGGCCCAGAUUACUUGCUCAGUAAAUCCAUUGGGACAGCUCUCCAGUCCUAGCAGCUCGCUGACGCACAUACGUAUUAAGAGUCCUUGCAUUCUUAGCAUUUGCAAGAGACCGUGAUUAUCAGACACUAAAACUACUUACUUUUGAAGCUACGGCCUGUGGCCUCCCACAGCUCCUGUCUGUAGGACGUGUCUAACUCCAUUGGUGUCUGGAAACCCGCUUCAGGGACAGCCCAGGGACCAGCAUCCCAGAUACUGUCAGAUUCACUACCCUCUUCCUUGGCUCCACCCGAGGUUGAGCUCGUCUCGCAGUAUCUUACCUACCAAGUCAAUACUCCCGAUGCUUCUAACGUGUCCAGUGCCUGUUCCUAGACUUGCUGGUCGGGGGCGCACUUGUAACUACUUGGCCCGUCUAAUAAGUGUAAGAGGCUAACUUGUGGAUAGUGUUUACAGAGGUACAAACGAGUACUGCUUCCGAGGAAGAUGCUCCGAGUCCACUUAAGCUUUUGUGAGGGAUCCCAGAGCCUUUCCCAGAGUGAGACCAAUUCCGGAGGAUUUGUACCAGGUCAGGGUUUUUGUGUUCUUGUUUUCAGAUCAGUUUGACUUAAAUAAGUUUGGCUGACAGUUUUUUGUACACCUGCUUUAAUGUUUAUAAAGUUUUUAUUGAGGUAUAAUUAAGAUAUAGUAAAAUGCACAGAGGUUAA